AUGGUCGUCGGCGCCUUCCCAAUCGCCAAGCUCCUGUAUCUCGGAGUAAAGCAGCUGAGCAAACCCGUAGCCAACCGGAUAAAAGCCGGGGCUCGGAGAAGCGAGUUUUUCAAGAAUUAUAUAUGUCUGCCGCCGGCACAACUGUACCACUGGAUUGAGAUGAGAACCAAGAUGCGCAUCAUGGGCUUCCGGGGGGCUAACAUUAAGCCGCUGAAUGAGGACGCGGCUGCAGAGCUGGGUGCCGAGCUGCUAGGUGAGACGCUGAUCUUCCUGGUGGGCGGCGGUUGCAUGGUGUUGGAGUACACCAGGCAGUCGGCCAACUCUCGUCGCAAGGAGGACGAGCUCGACCAGACGCUCAACCAUCUACAGACUCAAAUUGCCGAGCUCACGUUUACCACAGAGACGCUAAGUGCUCAGCUAAGAGAGGUGAACAGACAGCUGGUCUCCUUCCCUACACCCUCAAAAAAGUGA